UUCUCAAGGAGGUGGAACAGCAAAAAGAAAAAGAAGAAAAUGAUAUACAGCAUUCCUGGAAUCUCUCCUGACAUGAUGGAAAUGAUUGUUACAUUUGCCUACACCCAAACUGUUUCACUUACAGAAGAAAAUGUGACGCAGCUCCUCUCUGUGUCUGAUCAGUUUAACAUACUUGGGCUUGUCAAACUCUGCUGUGAUUUCCUUGAAUCCCACCUCAGUCUGGAAAAUUGCCUAGGGACCUGCAAGCUUGCGUAUCGGUAUUCCUGUUCUGAGACACACUUUAAAGCAUUUAGAUUCACCAUGAAUGAGUUUAAAAACCUGGUCACAGUGUCGGAAGAGUUCCUACAGCUCAGUUUUUUUGAAUUUUAUGACAUAAUUGAGCAGGAUGAGCUCAAUGUUCAAACUGAGAGUCAGGUCUUCAAUGCAAUCAUGAAGUGGAUCUUCCAUCAGCCAAAUGAGAGAAAAAAAUUUCUCCCUAAACUUCUUUCAAAGGUGCGCUUGACUCUGAAAGAGUCCAGAGCAUUUCUGGAUAAUGCAAAGAAGAGUGAUUACGUAAAAGAUACUGUGGAGUAUAAACUUUUUGUUUACAGGGCCUUGAUGCAGUUGAUAAAUGAACUCAGCAUUACUGAAGCAAGUACCCCAGAGCCUAGCUAUCCCAUAUCACAUACCCGCCUUCCAUACAGCAUCUUGCUGUCUAUUGGUGGAUGGAAUGGCAGUCAUCCAGCCAAUAUCAUCGAAGCGUAUGAUGCACGUGCCAAGAUUUGGACAGAUGUGACCUGUGAAAAGGAGAACCCUCGAGCCUACUUUGGAACUGUCUAUAUAAAAGGAUAUAUUUAUUUAAUUGGUGGAUUUGAUGGCAUUAAUUACCUCAACGUGGUGCACAGACUUGACCCUGUGACCAGAGUCUGGCAAGAAGUGGCUCCCAUGCAUUCUUGUCGCUGCUACUUUAGUGUGGUUGCACUCAAUGAUUUCAUCUAUGCCUUAGGUGGGUUUGAUGGUCAUAGUCUCCUUAACACAGCUGAAAAAUACAACACAGAGUUGAACCAGUGGUCAUCAACAUCUUCUAUGAAUGUGAGGAGAAAUGAUGCAAGUGCCACUGCAUUAAAUGGGAAGAUUUACAUUUGUGGGGGCUCCAAAGACCAGGUCUUCCUUGCCACAGCAGAGGUUUAUGACCCUCAAAAGGACCAAUGGUCAAUGAUUGCACCAAUGCCAACCAAGCGGAGCAGCCUGGGAGUAGUUGCAUACAAUAAUGAAGUUUAUGCAGUUGGUGGAUUUUACAGAAGAAAUUGUCUAAACACUGUUGAGGCAUAUAACCCUCUAACCAACACAUGGAGGCCAAUUCCUUCAAUGAUUAGUCCACGCUGCAACUUUGGCAUUGCAUUGAUGGAGGAGCUUAUUUUUGCAGUGGGUGGCUUCAACGGGUUUAGCACCACUGCCCAAGCAGAAUAUUACAACAAGGACACUAAUGAAUGGAAGGAGGUUCAAGACAUGAAUUUGGACCGUGGCGGCUUGAGCUGUUGUGUGCUGUCUGGAUUGCCCAACAUCCGAGAAUAUGCAGCACGGAGAAAACCACCACAGCUUUGCAGUCUCUCACAAAAGCACAAGACCUCAGCUUUCCGAAACGUGCCAGCAUUAUGAAAAGAUGGACAUUUGCAAAAAAAGAUGCCCAUAACUGUAGUUGGUAUAGAAACUUAAAUCUUUUUUAGUGCACCUUACAGGGAUAUUAUCAAGGAUCAGUGGACAUAUAAUUGCCAGUGUUGGGGAAAGAGAAUGUAUUUGUAAUUAUUUUAAAUGAAUUAUUUGAGAAGGCUGGAGUAAACAGAAGAUGGGUACAUACUGUACAUCACAGAGUACAUAUACACAUGUCUAGAAAAACUUGAGAGGUAGGAGAACAAAGCCUAACUGAAAGUCUAGCAAAGACGGGUUUCCUGAGUUAAUGGCUCCAUUUAGGUUUUAUUUUUUUUUUGUAACCAACAGAAUACAAACAUAAGCAAAGAAAAUUAUAACGCAUGUCUUUUCUUGUGCAUAGUAUACUUUAUAGCUCCCACCUUUAAAAAUAAAAAUAAAUUUCAGGAGAAGGUGUAUAAUGUACUAAGUGCCCAAAUGUCACAAAGUAAU